ACCUUUUCCAAAGCAAAUUGGCCAAAUGUUUUCUUCCCUUCCAACAUUGUUGUCUACCUUACUGUACUCUCUCUAUUGUGGUCCAUCCUUUUCCUUCCUUAUAUCUCUUUCACCCCUUUCUCCAUUUUUGCAUACCAUAUAUCAUAUCUUACACUUCUUUUUCUAGUCCUUCCAUUCUCCUUCCACUAUAUAUAUAGCUUGUGUCGUCUCAAUCCUCUAUAUAUAGCUAUUACAUAUGUUAUAGCUAGGAACAAUAAUUAAAGUACUUGCACUUUGAAGAACCCAUUACACUAAUUUAGACAACUAGCUUAAUUAAGGAUAUGUCUAGUCGAAGGUCAAGGCAACAAUCAGGAGGGUCUACUCGGAUCUCUGAUGACCAAAUCAUCGACCUUGUUUGCAAAUUGCGCCAACUUGUUCCUGAGAUUCGUAAUAGGCGCUCUGACAAGGUACCAGCUUCUAAGGUCCUACAAGAAACCUGCAACUAUAUCAGAAACUUACAAAGAGAGGUUGAUGAUUUAAGCCUGAGAUUGUCUCAGUUGUUGGCCACAAUUGAUUCUGAUAGUGCUGAAGCUUCAAUCAUUAGGAGCUUACUUAACCAAUGAUGAAUUAAUUAGUUUCUUAAUUAAAGUACGAUUUUAAUUUUCAAUAAGAAGUUAGUAUUUGCUACCUAUAAUAUGUGCCUCUUUUUGAAGGCCAAAAAUGUAGCACUUGUUUGAUUUAUUAAUGUUCUCAAUUUUGUGAUAGUGUAAUGACUUCAGUUGGCUAGAGGUUUAAGAUCAGAUUAGAUUUGUAAGUCAUACAUAUUAUCUAUUAAGUUAAUUUGUUUUUGAGUUUAA